AUGGAAGAAAAUGAUGCUUUAAUAAAAUCAUCUGAACCAUAACAUACACGAAAUAUUAUUAAGGCUCUAAUAAAUGAGUACAAAAUUAUGUAUGCUGGGUUAUAAAAUCAGUGCUCUUUUAUGUAAAACUUAGAGAAUACCUUGAUUAUUGCUUUAUAAAAGGAGCUUCUGGAUAAACAGUACCAUUAGCUCUACUAUUACCUAUUGGUCUUCUCUUAGGUAGUGUGAACAUAUUGUCAAAAGCUACAACCAAUAUUAUUGAAGGUAAAUACUGAUGUCAAAUUUAGGUGAUUAUAUACUGACCAAUUUAGUUUAAGUGAUUCUCCAAAUCUGUGGACUUUGCAUUAUUCUAUAUUUAUUACUUAAAGCUUGUGAAGUGAUACCAAAAAAGAUUCAAAAUCCAUUACUUUUUGGAAGAGUAACAACAUAUAUUUUUAUGUGUCUACUCAUAACAAUGGGAAUUUUAGUUGUUGAAAGAAUAGUUGAUGGAUAGGCAAGAACUUAUCAUACUUCUUAAUUCUGGGUUGUCUUUGUCUUAAUAAUAUGAUUUUAAGGUUAGGUUUGUAGCAUUUUUAUUUUUAUAUACUUAUUACGCAUUUAGAGUAUCACGUUAAGAAUUUAGAUGGAUCUAUAAUCUAUUAAAAGCAUCAGUUUAUAUUAUUUUAGAAUUAUUUAUGGUAAUCAAUAAAGAAUUAAAGAAUUAUGCUGAUUAUUAAUUGGAAAAUAAUGUAUUUUACAAAAUUGAAACUUAGAUUCACACUAAAUAAGUGAUUCAAGAAGUAGUUCCUCCUAUGAGAAUGCUUUAAUAACAAUUCCUUCUUGAAUCCUAUCUAAAAGUAUUCCCAGUUGUUAUAUUUGAUUAAACUAAAAAAAUAUUGAAUAUAUCAUCUGAAACAUUAAAAUUAUUAGGUCAAAAUGAUAUAUUUUAAGCUAAAAAACAAUUAAGAAAAUUGGAAAUCAUAGAGGUCUUUUAUAGAAAGGAAUAAGCAUCAACUAAAGAAUUGACUGUUAAAUUGAGUAGAUAAGCAAAAUUUGGAUCUUCUUGUGGAGUAAAUGAAAAAGGAGAUUUAUUACAUUCUUUAAUUAAUGGUCCAGCCUUACAAAAAUUGAGAUAAUAGUUAUAAGUUGAUUAGCCAAGCUUAUAAACUUAGGGAUAGUAAGAAAAGCUAUUAAAUGAACUUAUAAAAUGGGAUCAAGAAUACUUAAAAGGUUUAUUAAUGUUAAAAUUGAGUAAGGAAAAGUAAUACUAUUUUUCAUUUCAUUUGUUUCGUAAUAAUAAGAUUUAUCUAUUUUUGGAUGAUGUUUCUGAAAUAGUUAAAUUAUAAAUAAAAAUAAAGGAUGAAAAUGAUGAGAUCAAAGAUGUUAAAGAUAUUAAUAUCUAAUUAUCUGAGAUUCGUUAAAUUUCAACAAUAAAGAGCUAUCCUAUCUUAACAAAAAUAUAAAAUAUUGAAAUAAAAUCUUGUUAUUUAGAAUAGAAUUAAUUGAGAAUAAAAUAUGAUAAUAUUAAUUUCGAUCAAAUUUUAAGAAUAUUAUCAUUAACAGAUUCCAAAAAUAAAAUAUUAAUUUAAAAAUCUAGUAAAAUUGAACACUAAUUUCUUUACAGAUGAAGAACGUCUUCGAUAGAUUAUUGAUAUAUUAAUGGAGAAUAGUAUAGAAUAAACAAAGGAUGGAUUUAUUGGUAUAACAAUUGAAAAUGAUGCCAGACCAAAUUGCAUUCAAAUAUCUAUACAAGAUACAGUUAAAGGGAUUAAUCUAGAUGAACUUAAGGAUAAAUCAAGUACUAAACUUUCUGGUCUNUAUACGAUUUUAAGGUUAGGUUUGUAGCAUUUUUAUUUUUAUAUACUUAUUACGCAUUUAGAGUAUCACGUUAAGAAUUUAGAUGGAUCUAUAAUCUAUUAAAAGCAUCAGUUUAUAUUAUUUUAGAAUUAUUUAUGGUAAUCAAUAAAGAAUUAAAGAAUUAUGCUGAUUAUUAAUUGGAAAAUAAUGUAUUUUACAAAAUUGAAACUUAGAUUCACACUAAAUAAGUGAUUCAAGAAGUAGUUCCUCCUAUGAGAAUGCUUUAAUAACAAUUCCUUCUUGAAUCCUAUCUAAAAGUAUUCCCAGUUGUUAUAUUUGAUUAAACUAAAAAAAUAUUGAAUAUAUCAUCUGAAACAUUAAAAUUAUUAGGUCAAAAUGAUAUAUUUUAAGCUAAAAAACAAUUAAGAAAAUUGGAAAUCAUAGAGGUCUUUUAUAGAAAGGAAUAAGCAUCAACUAAAGAAUUGACUGUUAAAUUGAGUAGAUAAGCAAAAUUUGGAUCUUCUUGUGGAGUAAAUGAAAAAGGAGAUUUAUUACAUUCUUUAAUUAAUGGUCCAGCCUUACAAAAAUUGAGAUAAUAGUUAUAAGUUGAUUAGCCAAGCUUAUAAACUUAGGGAUAGUAAGAAAAGCUAUUAAAUGAACUUAUAAAAUGGGAUCAAGAAUACUUAAAAGGUUUAUUAAUGUUAAAAUUGAGUAAGGAAAAGUAAUACUAUUUUUCAUUUCAUUUGUUUCGUAAUAAUAAGAUUUAUCUAUUUUUGGAUGAUGUUUCUGAAAUAGUUAAAUUAUAAAUAAAAAUAAAGGAUGAAAAUGAUGAGAUCAAAGAUGUUAAAGAUAUUAAUAUCUAAUUAUCUGAGAUUCGUUAAAUUUCAACAAUAAAGAGCUAUCCUAUCUUAACAAAAAUAUAAAAUAUUGAAAUAAAAUCUUGUUAUUUAGAAUAGAAUUAAUUGAGAAUAAAAUAUGAUAAUAUUAAUUUCGAUCAAAUUUUAAGAAUAUUAUCAUUAACAGAUUCCAAAAAUAAAAUAUUAAUUUAAAAAUCUAGUAAAAUUGAACACUAAUUUCUUUACAGAUGA